AUGGCGUCUCAGGCAGAUCGCAAGUAUCGCCGCCGUGAUCCGAGCGUAGACGACCGGAAGCGGAAGCGCGAUGACAAGAAGGAGAAGAAGGAGAAGGACCGCCGCGACGACCGGCGAGAUGACCGCCGGGACGACCGCCGCGACGACCGCCGGGAUGACCGGCGGGACGACCGCCGGGACGACCGGCGAGAUGACCGCCGGGAGGCCGAGCGCAACCGGGAGAAGAACGACGACCGUCGGAGACGCGUCGACCGGUCGCCCGAGCCGCCGACGCCGCCCCCCUCGCCUCCAGCCAAAGUGGCCAAGCCGGCGCUGAACUGGAGGGAGGAGGCUGGCGAGGCGGAAGACCUCCGCGACAACUCGGAUGACGAGGAGGCGGCAGCCAGGAGAUUGGAAGAGAGCCGAAAGCGCCGUGCGGCUCUGAUGGCUCAGGCGAAAGAGGAGAAGAAGGAGGAGAAGAACGAGGAGAAGAAGGACCCGCCCCCCGCGGCGCCGCCUGCAGAGGCAACGCCUGCAGCACCCGAGGCCGAGAAGGCCGAGGGCGAUGGCGCGAAUACCGGCGAGGGGGCUCCUGCGACGGCGGGUCAUGAAGACGACGGUGGUGGCGGAGAUAUGUUCGAUCUCAAUCAGGACGCAAAGGAGCUGAAGGCUGGACGUCAGCGGAUGCAGAGCAUCGCCACCACGGGCGCGUCCACAGAAGAUUGGGACGACGAGGAGGGCUACUACUGCGCGCAGGUGGGCGAGCUCCUGGAAGAGCGCUACCUGGUGCAGGACACGGUCAGCGGCCGCGGCGUCUUCUCUAACGUGGUGAAAGCCAAGGACACCAAGAACGAAGGAGAGCCGCUAGUGGCACUCAAGAUCAUCCGCUCCAACGAUAUGAUGAAGAAGGCCGCUGAGAGGGAAGUUGAGAUCCUCCAGACGCUGAACAAUGCGGAUAAGGCCAACAAGAGGCACAUCAUCAGGCUGAUCGAAACCUUCUACUACCGCAAGCACAUCUUCCUGGUCUUCGAGUGCAUGGCCGAGGACCUGCGCGGCGCGCUGAAGAAGUACACCAAGAACCGGGGAAUAUCCUUGCCGGUCGUCAAGGCGUACACAAAGCAGCUGCUCGUUGGCGUCCGCCAUAUGCACAAGUUCAAUAUCAUCCACGCCGACUUGAAGCCAGACAACAUUCUAAUUAGCCAAGACAACAGCAUCGUCAAGCUCUGUGACUUCGGCACCGCCGUGGAGCAGAAGGACGUGGGCGUCUCGCCAUACCUGAUGAGUCGCUUCUACCGGCCAGCCGAAGUCAUCCUCGGCUGCGAGUAUGGCAUCCCGGUGGAUGUAUGGGCACUGGCCUGCACGCUCUACGAGAUCUUCACCGGGAAGACGCUGUUCCAGGGGAAGACCAACAACGACAUGCUGAAGCGUAUUAUGGAUGUCAAGGGGAAGAUCCCGAAGAACGUCAUCCGGAAGGGUGCCGUCUGGAAGAACCACUUCGACGAGAACCUGGACUUCAAGUUCGUCGACAAAGAUGCCUUGUCGGGCGAGGAGAUCGUCCGGAUCAUCACGGACAACAGCUGCAAGAGAGAGCUGAAGGACUUCCUCCUGGAUCGGCUUGGACCGGAGAAGCAGAAGUCCCAGGAGCGUGAGGACCAGCAGUACGUGAAGAAAACGGUGCAUUUUGCCGACCUCUUGGAAAAGAUGCUGGCUUUGGACCCUGAGAAGCGGCUCAGCGCGGACGACGCGCUGAAGCACCACUUCGUUGAGGAUCCCCGGGAGAAGAAGCAAGCGGCUGCAGGAGCCCAGAAUGCCGGAGGCGGACCUGCCCAAGCCCAGCAAUCGGCCUCUGGGAGGACCUCCUCUGGUCGUCGGGAGAGGUAG